AUGAACCGGAACCAGAAUCAGAACCAAAACCAACCCCCCCAGACUCCUAUCCCUCCUGAACUUGCCGCGUCUCGAGACGACUUCGAACUCUUCCGACGGCUCCUGCGAGUCGCUCGCCUCCUAACCGCUGACAACUCUGACAAUCUUUUGAACCAAAGCACACAGCGUCCGGCUUCGCUCGCUAGCCGCUUUGAUCCUCAGAGUGUGCCCUGUGAUGGGAGUCUUGUGGGCCUUCUGCACCCGGCCUUGAGAGGCAACAUAACCGGUAGCCCCGGCGGCAGGCCAACUGGUGGAGGUUCGAGCCACAGAGACGUCCAGUGCGACGAGGACGGAUACAGCCCCAGCGUCAAUAAUGAAGGCCAAGAAGACGACGAAGAAGAAGACGACUACGCGUCGAGUCCACGUACUCUUAAGCGAAAGCGUCCAAGCUCGCCACAAAACAGAACGCGGCGUCUACGGCCGCGUCAACCGGCAAGCCCGGCGCCAGCUCAACGACAGCCCCCGUCAGGACAAGAGCAAGAAGCGGAGCAGGAGCAGGAGCAGGACCAAGGACGACCACACGCCGCAGUCGAAAAGCGGUACCGGGCCAUGGUCAACGCCAAAAUCCAACACCUGCACGCGGCGAUUCCGGCCUCGAACACAUUCAGUCUGGACCCUGAAGAGCAAGGAGAGACCUCGGAGAAGACGCCAACCAAGUCGGUCGUUCUGGACAGGGCCAUACAGUACCUGAGCCAGCUUGUCUCGGCAUAUGAGCAGUACGAGAACGAGGGGAAUGCGCUCAGGGCGAGAUUGUGGGCCGAAACAGCUGUGGAUGACGGAUCUAACCCAAUCCCAGUGAUCUGUCGAUGCGUAUCCGGUGGUGCCCCCGGUACCAAGUGGCCUUUUAAAUCAACGCCCUUGCCUUCUGUACCUAAGGUUUUCUCUGAUGGACAAGGUGCAGUCUGGAUCCCUGGCCUGGGUGCGCGCAAGGAACUCAUUCUCCCAAGCACGAGCAUAAAAUGGGCACUGGGCCAGCCAUCCCGCGUUCUAAACCACCGAGCCGGACUGCUGGACGUCGACUUCCCCAAGUACCUACUGGGGGAUGACUUCUUCCUCAAUGAUCCCUGGCACGCGCACCUCGUCAAGAGCGAGCUAGUCCCCGAGUUAGACCAUGUCUGCGAGGUGAUGACCGUCGAGCUCGAGGCUGCAUUCAAUGACUCUUUCGGUGCGGAUACUAAGGAUUGGAGGGAAAUCGAUAUCCUCGACACGAUGCGGAAGAUCGUCGGGCGGGCUUCGUGCAGAUUUAUCGUUGGCGAGCUGCUUUGGAUGUUGUAUGUUGUCCUUAUCCUUUACCGUGGGUCUUCCAUCUCAAUCCUCGUACUUGGCCCUCUGAUCCGCCGUCGCGCACAAGCCCGCUUCGACAAACUCGCCGCCAUGAUCGAGGCCGAGUAUCACGCCUGCCUGGACAGCCUUCAACCAAACCAAACCUCCCAGCCAAACGACUUCUUCCAGAUGAUCCUCCGGUAUGCGCAGCGCGAGCGGCCGCACGAACUGAACCUCUAUGCCAUGACACGCCGCCUCUUCCUCGCGAAUCUGGGCUCCAUCCACCGCACUGCGUUCCUGACCACAAAUGUCCUGCUGAACAUCAUCAACUCAAAUACCAAGCAUAGCACAAUCGCCAUGCUCCGCGAGGAGGUCGCCCACGUCCUCACGGAUGAUGGGUUGGAACGGACAGAUAUGUCCUCCUGGAACAGACCACGCACGAACAAGCUCUUCCGGGCGGAGAGCGUCGGCCGCGAGACAAUGAGACGGCACUCACUCGAUAACCGGAGCGCAAUCUGCAAGGACCUUGCGGAUGGGAUUGUGACGGGCGAUAGGACGCCAUUCCCCGGGGCGCGAGGGUAUCGUUCGUCGGACAUCCCGCGCAGAUCGAUGAGGGUGUGUACGAGGAUGCGCAGCGAUUCGAUCCGUUCCGGUUCUCGAGACCGUAUGAAGCUGCUCAAGCGGCGGAGGCCGAUGCGAGAGCCACGGGGAACCCACGGGCGAAAGCAGGUCUAG